AUGCCGUCGGGAAAGGAUUUGGAUUGUAAAGAUUUAAGAAAGAGAGGCCAUAAUGCUGAAGAUUGUCCAAAAGAGAACAAGUUUUCCCAAGGGUCGUCUGGGACAAAUGAGAUGCAACUUGACGAGGAUGGAGAAUUGGGACGUUCGUCAAAGGACUCAUACACUGCGAACCCUGAAGAAGGUUGUAACAAAGAGAUGGAUUGUGACCUGCAAAAAGAAAAUGAAUCCUUGGAAGAAACAACGGAUGAUUACCCGAGCAUGAUCCUGGAAGACAUAAGCAUAGAAGAGGAUGAAUCAGCGACGAAUCACGAGCAACAGAAAGAACGACGAGAUCAUAGGCUGCAGCAACAUCCCUAUCUGGAAGAAUGCCUCAACAAUGACAGAACCCUAAUGACGAAAGAUAAGAGAAAUAACAAUGUCAACGAGGGAAAAGGUAAUACUGGAGGAUGCCUCGAAGAAAAGACAAUACUUAUGAGAGCAGACCCUGCGACGAAAAAGAGUAACCAACCAUCAUGGAUAAUCGUGAUCAGGGAGGAGGAUAUGCCACUGUGGAAUAGGCUUGUCAAGGAAUUCCUGAAUUCGGAGGUGGUGGCAAUGAAAAAUCCGAAACUGGAAAUCGAACACCAUCAAUAUGACACCUGCACCAUUACAGUUCAAUAUCAUUUGGUCAAUUGGAGUAAAGUAAGCAACCAGACUACGAUGGCUUCUCUAACGACAUCACUGGCCAUACACUACGAUUCUGAGAGAUCAUCAGCUUGA